UCUGAAGAGGGAGGCGGCUUGAACAGAGUCGCCCAGGCACCGUGGUCUCUCUCAUAGCACGAGGUCAUCUCAGGGCCCUUCAUCCCGCGUCCCCAAAGGUGCCUUUAAUCCUUUUGCAUCUUUGGACCAUGGUGUCUCCUACGUUUCCGGAAAACUGGAAAGGGGGGGGAUAGUGAUAACGAAGGGAGUUAAUUAGCAAGCGAAGGGACUAGGGGACCCUGUUGAUGUUGGCAGUGGACCUCCCACUGUUGCUUGCAGGACGCCAGCCCCUACCCCGCUGGGGAUCUGAGCAGCGCCCUCUCCCGCGUCCCGCCCGCUGAAGUUCGCUCCUGGAGAAACCGGCUGGCGCCCUGAGGCGCGCAGAGGAGGAUCUCAGCAGAGCCGCGGGCUCGCGCGCUUCGGGGCAAGUCGGAGCCAGGAUUGCAGCCGCCUCUUGGCGCGGGUCCUCGGAGCUGGCAGAGGCGGAGCGCCGAGCCCGAGCCGCGCGGAAGAGAGCGGGAGGAGGGCGCCAGCGGCGCCCCUGGCCCCGCGGCUGCAGCCAGCGCGCAGUGCGCGCCGCCUCCGGACCUGGGCGCCUCCAGCAUGGAGUGGGAGCUCAACUUGCUGCUCUACCUGGCCCUCUUCUUCUUUUUGCUCUUUCUACUUUUCCUCCUGCUCUUCGUGGUCAUCAAGCAGCUGAAGAACUCCGUGGCCAGCACGGCCGGGACGCUGCAGCCAGGACGCCUCUCUCUGCACCGCGAGCCCUGGGGCUUCAACCACGAGCAGGCGGUGUGAACCUCGAAUCCUCUCCCGCGUCGCCUCCCCGCUUCCAGGUGCGGGGCUCGGCGGCGCUGGAGGUCGGUUCCCGCUGGAGAGCAGCCGCCGAGGGAUGGAUGUGUCAGUCCUCCCUGGAGGCCCCGGGCUCGUGGCGCCCUCGCAUGCAAUGGGCUGCGAGUGUACAGAGUCUGGCCUGGUGUGCAUUUCUCCAGGAAGCCUGGUCCGGGCCGAGAAGAGUUGGAGGAAAGAGGUGUUUUUUCCCAGAUUUACUUCACCGGGAGAGGAGCUGCUGUUGCUGUCAGGAGCCCCAGGGACUACAGUUCUGCAUACUGCCUGGAACCCACUGGAAGGCCGGAAGGAUGGCGAGGAAGCUGUCUGUGUUCAGUCUCACUGAUGUCCAGCAGCUUAACCUGUCCUGAGUUUGCCUAGCAGGAGGCUGUAGAGAACUCUGGGGCACAGCUGCAGAUGCAGGGCUGAUGCCAUCUGGUGUGACUCUACAGAAUGAGAGAUAAAAUUUACUCAGAGCGUGCCAUGCACUCACUGGCUUUUCUGGGAAUGACAAGGUGCCAGGAUUUGUUUUUGGUUCACUUGCAGGGGUGGAAACUUGGAACUAGGUUCCAAGAUGGUUUCUGUAGCUCCCACAAAAAGAAGGAAGGCACUCAAGGGAAAGCACAUCCUUGCAGUUUGGAUGCAUUUCCUUUUAAAGAGUUUCUCAGCAGCUUAACUUUUGCUUGUAUUUCAUGGGCAGAAACUGUGUUAAUGGAUGCAAGACUGCUUGAGAAAUGUAGUUUUUGAGCUUUCAAUGAAAAUCUGGGUUUUCUUGGUAAUAAGGAUAUUAGUGAGUCUUCAGGGGACAACUAACUAGUGGUCUAUGCCCUGGAUAUAAAAUAUACUCUCACAGAAGCACAAUAUUUGAAACAGAUCAAGACAGUGGCUUCCUCACUGGCAAAACUCCAAGCAACACUGCUCAGCUCUGCAUGAGCAGAGUGAAGACAUGCCAGGUUUUCUCAUGAAACACUUGUCAGCUCUGAUCUCUCUGCCCUGCUUCAGGAUUCGCUACAGCAAGACCAUGAAGAUCUGUACAUUUUCUUGGUGGACGUGAUCUCCUUACAGAGGUCAAAUAUAGAAUAAACAACGUUCUACUUUGCUGCUUCCUCAUAUGUAUCAUUUAUCUUCUCAGUUUUCCUGACAUUUAGAUUUGGGUGGAAUCUAGAGUGUGUAUUUGAUCCCUGUAAAUGACCAUCGCUUGCAUAUGCAAAGAAAGAGGACCUUACUUCCUUCUGUGACUCCACACCAAUCUAGGAAUAUCCUGGGAGAAGAAUUGCCUCUCAAAGCUGCUUCCACAAGCAGCCUACACCCUGGCUAAGCAAAAGGAGAAGAAACACUUCCCACAUCCAGGGCUGUCCAAAAGAACUUUCUGUGAUGAUAGAAAUGUUCUAUAUCUGCAGUGUCCAAUAUGGUAACCAGUAGUAAACACUUAAAAUGUGGCUAGUGUGACUGAGAAAGUAAAAUGCAGAUUUUAUUGAAUUUUAAUUAUUUUCAUUUUAAAUAGCUACAUGAGGCUAGUGGCUAUUGUAAUGGACAGUGCAGUCCACGUCUUUCUUUGUGUGUAUGCGUAUGUGUGUGUGUUAGAACUAAUAGGAGAGAGGCGGGCCAGUCAUGUGCUUACAUCCCAUGCUCUUCAUUGUUUAAUUUGUCACUUGUUUCCCAGAGUAAAGGGGUAGUAGUAUUAUAGAGAACUAAACUCAAGCUGUUAUGUAACAUCUGUACAUUGCAUAUCUUUCUAUAACAAAUAGAAUGGUCUCUUGGGAAUAGAUCUCGUGCCUGAUUGCAGUGACACUUAACUAAUGAAAUACACAGCAGUGCUGGUCCACUAACCUUCCUAGUGACUGUGUUCCUAGUCAGAGUGAUUUAGCUGAAGCUAUUUUGUUUUAAUCGUGCAAUUUGUUCUGUUACUUUAUUUUUAUAAUAUUAUGAUUGCUAAAUGAUUAUUCUGUGGCUGUUUUUCAAAAUAUGUCAGUGGUUUAUAUUUUUGUGAAAUAAAUUAUUAUAUGCAACUCA